AUGUCAGGCAAUGAGAGACUCGACGCGAGCCUGGAACUACAACCUUCGGUCGAAGAUGAAUCAGAAGACAAACCAGAUGUACCACCUUCCCUGCCUUCCCCUUUAGAAGAGCAAGCACAACAUCCCAGGCCGGGCUUUCAGCACAGCUCUCCACAACACGCAGACGGUGUUAGCCAUGACUACAACUUCCCAUCUUCCCACAUGCCAUACGCCCAACGAGGUUACCCGCAUUAUCGACCAACCGUAUACGAUCAACCGCGUGUACUUCCGACCCCGUGGUCCCCUCCACCUCAUUCGCUUUACUUCCACCAAACACCACCGCAGCACUACCCAUGGCCAAGUCCAUCGGGCACCACUGUACCCACACACGCAGUCAAUAACCACACAACUCCGCCGGCGAGCAGAAGCAACCAUGCUACUGGCACCGGGCCUCCAGACAAUAACACCGCACCUAGCAAACCCGACUUCGAACCUCCCGCUCUCUACCGCAGAUUCGCCCAUCUCACCCAUCGCAUCCUCCUUUCCCUCCAAGACGAACUCCUGGACCUCGAAGCCCACCUUCAACGCUACGACGAAGCAAUCGGAACUCUACAACGAGCAACACCGGCUCAACCCGGGAGUAGAACCGCUCACCAACCCGAAUGGCAGCACCGCCAAAACGAUAGAGACCUGCUCCUCUGCCGCGCGCAGCUUCUCGCCCAAAUAGAAGCCAAGAUGGAACGCUACCACCGCCAUCUAUCAACAUCCGCAUCGAUCUCUGGACACACGAGUCCAGCAACGCCAGAACAGAUCGAUUCAUACAAGCAAUGGAUCAAAACGCACUCGCCCUCGAACGAAGAGCGCCUGCUGAGCGACCCAACCGACCUCAUCGUGCCCUGCUCAAACACCCGCGCGCUCCUCACACUUGUGCGGUCCAAUUCUCCCAUCACCAUCUUCGCUCUGCUGGUGCUACUCUACACCGCUCGAGAGAAGUCGGGCGGUCCCGUUCUUGUGUUUGCGGGAAUCGUGGUUGCGUGGCCUUUUAUGGCUCCCUUUGCUGGCCCGAGGUUGCGCAUGGGAUUGCCUGCGAAUGACUUUGCGUUUUUGGGGGCGAUGUUUGCUAUGGUGGCGGCGUGGUUGGGGGUGGUUUGA